UUCUUCCUUUCAUCUUCUUGUUAUGACAGUCAAUAUCUCCACUUCAAUUAUAUUUUCUGUUUCUCAUUUUGUAAAGAAAAAUAAAGUAAAAGUUUGUUUUAGAGAGAGGAAGUUAGCUAUGGCUUCUUCGUUUCAUACUUCAUCAAAUCAAUGGCUGCUCUAUUAAUGGUUUCUGAAACGCAACUGGCAGAGUAAGAAAUGACGGCGACAGGAGCUUUGCUGAAUUAUUUGAGAGUUAACGUACACGCCGUAUACCUCAAAACCCUAACUCCAACAACACUGGCCUAUUUUCACUCUCAUUCAACGCCAUCCUACGUCGUUUCUCAGCAGAGGUUAGGGCUCCAUUCCUUGGCAAAUCCGAGUUUACAGCUCAUGCCGUUAAAAAUUUCCAAAGUAGAUAGAACGAUAGGCUGCAACUUCUGAUAAAUGUUCACAUGCAUAUUGGAUGGAAAAAUGUGUUGGUUCAAAGUAGGAAGAGACUGCAGAAUGUUUUGGACGGUGGUUAACAUGACGGGUACUGGCCAAAGCAACAUUUCUUGGAGCAAGGGCAAGGGUUUUAUCUAGAGAAUGAAGGUGAGAUAGAAGAUAAUGCAAGGUAUUUUGGCGGAUGUAAAGACGUGUUCCGCGACUUGUUGAUGGCCUAGGAUGGUGAGCUUUUGUUACUCCUCUAUGAUGCUUCAUCUGCUAACGCUACAUAAAGUAGCCUUCUUCCAUAGCUUGAAGAACUUUGACUUGCGGUUACAUCUGGUUAGAGGUGGUAAUAUGGGAACAUGGCUCUGUUUUAAUCUGAAAAGACAUAAAAAUCAGAAAACAUCUAAAGUGUAGCGAGUUCAUAAACUACUAAUGGAAAUGUUGGAAGAAAAAGUAUUAAAAUAUGAACAGUGAAAUGAUAUAAAGUUUUGGAGUUCUAGUAGCAUUUUUGCAAACAGAAACAAAAUACUAAAACAUAGAACUCGACAAGUUUCCAUGCAACAUAGCUUCUGUGUUAAUUAGCAAAUGAAAAGAAUUCACAAGCUUCUACAAGUUUGAUGUAUUCUUGAAAGAGAUGCUUUUAUCCUUUAGCAAGAUCACAAACAGGAUCUCUAUUAAUUCUAACAAGACUUUCAAAGAUUCAUCUAAAUUUUCCAUUUCUUCCUGUUGAUGUUGCGUUUUCGUGCAAUUCAUGCUCUAUCAGAUUUCUUUCGGGUUGAAUCGUUCGUUCCCUCCCUUUCUCAGCAUCACUCACUGUUCCAUUGCCUUUCAAGUCCCAAGGCAAAACUAGUGUUCUUAUCGGAGGUGGUGACCUCUUCGGGGUGCCGCUAGUGGCAGGGUUGGCUUUUCUUUUCAGAUGAUUUGGUUCUGAAAUUUUUGUCAAGCUAUCUACAUACUUUGGCUUAUCACUUCUUAAAAGUGUUUUAAAGAAGGUGUUUCAGAUGAGGUUUCUCCUUGGUUACACUGGUGGGAGGUUGUGUGGAAAUCUGUAUACCCUUAUGGGUAAUGGGAUCACAUGGGAUCUUGUGUAGGCGGUGUGGGGACCUCGCGUGUACCCUUGCAGCAAGGGUGGGGUAUCGUUCGAUAUGUGGCUUAUGGGUCAGGUGGCGUUAUAUGAGUGGUUUAUUGGGGUUUCUUUCUGUGUCGGAUGAGAGUUUGGAGUUUUGCUCGGUCAUGGUCUUACUGUAUCCAAUCAGAAUUUCUAGAAUAUGAAAAGGUUUGCAUUUUCACGGAUGGCAUCAAAGAUGGACUAUGUAUGAUCUUGGUGAGCCGGAUUUAUCUUUGUGUGGUAUUGGUCAUGUAGAAAAGACAACUGGAACGGGGUUCAAAGUCCACUCCGAUGCUUAAGUUAGUGAGAGUAUAAAAGUAAGAAAUGUGUAAUAAUUGAUUCGUGAAUGAAGUAGUUUAGAGGUUAUGCUUUACACUAUAAGGAGUGUCAUUAUCUAUAUUCUAUCGAUGUGGGGACAUUUGGAGGGGUACUAUCAACUAGUAUGGAAGUUUCCAUGCUAUUGUUUGAGGUCUAUAAAAUGAUUAUAUAGAUUCACAGUUAGCACACAUGCAGUAGCUACAGAAAAUUAGAAAAUAGAAACAAAGAGCAAAGUGAGUUAUGGCAAAGGAAGAAGAAGGAGGAGUUGAAAAUAAUUAUACGAAAGAUGGAACUGUGGAUCUUAAAGGAAACCCUGUUCUUAGAUCCAAAAGAGGUGGAUGGAGAGCUUGUUCUUUUAUUGUUGUGAAUGGGGUGUUUGAAAGGAUGGCAUAUUACGGAAUAGCAAGCAAUUUAGUGCUAUAUUUGACCAAAAAGCUUAAUGAAGGAACAGUGCAAUCAGCUAAUAAUGUCACAAAUUGGGUCGGAACCGUUUGGAUGGCUCCUAUUUUGGGUGCAUAUGUUGCGGAUGCUCUUCUCGGCCGCUACUGGACCUUCGUCAUCUCAGGCAUCAUCUAUCUCUCAGGUAUGUCUGUACUAACGUUAUCAGUAUCACAACCAACACUAAAGCCACCAACCUGUCAGGAUGCCAACACUGAAAAUUGCCAAAAGGCUUCAACUUUACAGUUAGCAGUUUUUUUCGGUGCCCUGUACACUUUAGCCAUUGGGAUCGGAGGAACCAAACCGAACAUAUCGACAGUCGGAGGCGAUCAAUUUGACAAUUUUGAUUCAAAAGAGAAGGAUCAAAAGCUAUCAUUCUUCAACUGGUGGAUGUUCAGCAAUUUCUUUGGAUCACUCUUUGCUAAUACAGUACUUAUUUACAUUCAGGAUAAUGUUGGGUGGUCACUAGGUUAUGGCUUACCAACUCUUGCUCUUCUUAUUUCUAUAACUAGUAUUUUGGCUGGUACACCUUUUUAUAGACACAGAGUGCCCUCUGGAAGCCCAUUUACAAAAAUGACUUUGGUGAUUGUUGGUGCUAUCAGAAAAUGGAAGGUGCCUAUUCCUACUGAUCCUGAGGAACUCCAUGAGCUCGACUUGGAAGAUUAUGCGAGGAAAGGAAAGUUUAGGAUUGAUUCUACACCCGGCUUAAGGUUUCUAAACAAAGCAGCAGUGAAAACAGGUUCCAGUGAUGCAUGGAUGCUUAGUUCAGUUACUCAUGUGGAGGAAACUAAACAAAUGCUAAGAAUGAUCCCGGUUUUGAUUGCCACAUUUGUUCCAAGCACAAUGAUUGCUCAGAUCAAUACACUUUUUGUCAAGCAAGGAACUACUCUCGACAGAAACAUUGGCAGCUUCAAGAUCCCUCCAGCAAGUUUAUCAGGAUUCGAGACGAUAACAAUGCUUAUUUCUAUUGUUCUUUACGAUAGAUUCUUUGUCAGGAUCAUGCAAAAAUGGACAAAUAAUCCAAGAGGUGUUACACUUCUUCAGAGAAUGGGAAUUGGUCUAAUUUUCCAUAUCAUACCCAUGGUUAUUGCAUCACUUAUAGAAAUGUACAGACUUAAAUCAGCUAAAGAAUUCGGUUUAGUCGAAAAUGGAGGGCAAAUCCCAUUAACGAUAUUCAUUUUACUUCCUCAGUUUGUUCUGAUGGGUGUGGCCGACAUGUUUUUAGAAGUCGCCAAGCUUGAAUUCUUCUACGAUCAAGCACCUGAAAGCAUGAAGAGUCUUGGUUCUUCUUAUGCAUCUACAAGCCUUGGAAUUGGAAAUUUUCUUAGCAGUUUUCUUCUGUCGACAGUUUCUGAUCUGACUAGCAGAAAUGGUCAUCAGGGUUGGAUUUUGAAUAACUUGAAUGCUUCUCAUUUAGAUUAUUAUUAUGCGUUCUUCGCGAUACUCUACUUCUUCAAUUUCAUUUUCUUCUUGGUUGUGCUCAAAUUUUAUGUGUAUAAAGCUGAAGUCUCGAAUUCAGUGGAAGUACUGGCCGAAUAACUGCUGAAAGCAAAAAUACCGAACUAGGAAAUGUUCAAUAAUGGAUUAUAAAUGUAGAAGAAAGGAUAAUUUGUAUAGAGAUCCAAGCUGAAAUUCAAGAAUUGUACUGCUUGCCUUGAUUAUUAGAUCGACUUUAAAGUUUA